UUUCUUGAUCGUCAUGUCUCUUUAUCCUUGGAUUUCAACCUGAACGUUUGGGCCUUUAAUGCUGUUGGACUUGCACUGAAAGGGCAUUUAACCGGCAGGCACGGUACUGACUACUGCAGUUGAAUUCCUUCCUGAAGUACUUAUCAUAAGUAACCAUGUGCGGUAUAUUUGCAUACCUUAACUUCUUGGAACCUCGUACAAGACGUGAAAUAUUAGAAUGUCUCAUCAAAGGAUUGCAGAGACUUGAGUAUAGAGGAUAUGAUUCAGCAGGCGUUGCAAUUGAUUCUGAUGCUAAUGGAAAUGAUAUCCAAAUCAUCCGUAGGAGUGGAAAAGUUAAAAUGUUAGAAAGUGAAAUAUGGGGAACUGAAAAUCUUGAUUUUGAUCAGAAGUUCAAUUGUCAUGUAGGCAUAGCACAUACACGUUGGGCAACCCAUGGUGCUCCAAGUGCAUGCAAUAGCCAUCCUCAGCGAUCUGAUCAAUCAAAUGAUUUUGUUGUUGUUCAUAAUGGUAUCAUAACAAACUAUAAAGAUGUUAAGAAGUUUCUGCUGAACCAUGGCUUUGAAUUUGAAUCAGAAACUGAUACAGAGGUUAUAUCAAAACUUAUCAAACACAUCCAUAACAACAAUCCACAUCUUUCAUUUAGAGAACUUGUUGAACAAGUCACGCAGCAGCUGGAAGGAGCUUUUGCGUUGGUCUUCAAAAGUAGGAAAUAUCCCAAUGAAUGUGUGGCUACAAGGCGUGGCAGUCCAUUACUUGUUGGAAUUAAAAGCAAAGCAUCAUUGGCCACAGAUUAUAUCCCAGUUCUGUAUAGUAAGGAUUUGGAAAAACAGAACAAGCAAGAUGACACUGAGGGAUCAGAUAUAAGAGUACAUCAAACAUCUCCUUUGCCAUCUGGUGCAUUGUCUCAAACUCAAGGAAUCCAUCGAUCUGAUUCAACUACAGAAUUUCAUCCUACUGGUGAUGACAGAGAAGUAGAAUAUUUCUUUGCCUCAGAUGCUAGUGCUGUCAUCGAGCAUACUAAUCGAGUCAUAUUCUUGGAAGACGACGAUGUAGCUGCAGUUAAAGAUGGAAAUUUAACUAUUCAUCGCAUGAAGAGAGCCCUUGAUGAAUCUACUGCUAGGGAAAUAAUUACCUUAAAAAUGGCCAUACAGGAAAUAAUGAAAGGUAGUUACAGUUCUUUCAUGCAGAAAGAAAUAUUUGAGCAGCCAGAAUCUGUCAUAAAUACAAUGAGAGGACGAGUUAAUUUGGAAGCUGAAACAGUGGUCUUGGGUGGCAUUAAAGACUUCUUACCAGAAAUAAAAAGAUGUCGACGCUUAUUACUUAUUGGCUGUGGUACAAGCUAUCACAGUGCUGUCGCAACACGACAAAUCCUUGAAGAGCUGACAGAAUUACCCGUUAUGGUUGAACUCGCAAGUGAUUUUCUGGAUCGUAACACCCCAAUUUUCAGAGAUGAUGUUUGCUUUUUUAUUUCCCAGUCUGGAGAAACUGCCGAUACGUUAAUUGCUUUGAGAUAUUGCAAACAACGUGGUGCCUUAGUAGUUGGAGUUACAAAUACUGUAGGAAGCAGUAUCUGUCGGGAAACCCAUUGUGGAAUACAUAUAAAUGCUGGUCCAGAAAUUGGGGUUGCUAGCACAAAAGCCUACACUAGCCAAUUUUUAUCUCUAGUGAUGUUUGCAUUAGUGAUGUCAGAAGAUCGCAUUUCAAUGCUAACAAGACGCACUGAAAUCAUAAAGGGAUUAAAAGCACUUCCUGAGCAAAUUAAAGAAGUAUUGAAAUUAGAUAAUGAAGUGAAAAAAUUAUCAGAGCAGCUAUAUCAACAAAAAUCUGUUCUCGUCAUGGGCCGAGGCUAUAACCAUGCAACAUGUCUCGAAGGUGCCUUAAAAAUUAAAGAAUUGACUUACAUGCAUUCUGAGGGAAUCUUGGCUGGGGAAUUAAAGCAUGGACCUCUUGCAUUAGUAGACGAUGCUAUGCCUGUUAUUAUGGUGGUAACAAAAGAUCCAGUUUAUACAAAAUGCAUGAAUGCUCUGCAACAGGUUACAGCCCGUGGUGGAAGACCUGUUAUUAUUUGCAACAAAGGAGAUGAAGAAACACAAAAAUUUGCAUUUAAAUAUCUUGAAGUUCCUCAUACUGUUGAUUGUUUGCAGGGCAUUUUAACCGUUAUCCCUUUGCAACUCCUUUCAUAUCAUAUAGCAGUUUUGAGAGGAUGUAAUGUGGAUUGUCCUCGAAAUUUGGCAAAAUCUGUUACUGUUGAAUAAGAUGUCUAAAGUUGAAUGAUUGAUAACAUUCCAUGAAACAGUUUUUGUGGCUAUUUUUAUAGUUUUUAAACUGUAAAAAUUGGCAUUUGCUUAGAUUUGUAUUGUGUGGUUUCUUCAGAUGUGAUAAUUCAUGCAAGUUAAAUUUUUAUAGUUUAAAUUUUUUGUAUGUAACUUUUAUAUACAAAUUUUAUUUAUAGUUGUCAUUUAUUAGUGAUAAUUUUAAUAGCAUUGAAUUGAAUGGUUUUAGAUUUGCAUCUCACUUAAAUAAUAAUGUAUAAUUUUCUAAUUAUAAAUUAUGUAUAAAUUUGUUUCAUUUUUAACAGUUUAUAAAGAAAAUAUCUUAAUUAAAUUUGGAUUCAUUUGAAAUUAUUAAAGUGUUGUAAAAAUUGUAUAGAAUUUCUUAUAUUGAAUAAAAUUAUGUUUUUAAUCCUGUGUUAAUUUUCUCUAUCACAAAUUUUAAACUAACUUUCAGGUGUAAUGACUGGAAUAUAAUUGCAUCUGUGCCGCCAGUUUUAAAAUAUUACCUUAUUAUUGUGUAUAACAUCAUUUAUGUUGCUGAAAGUUUAUAAUUUUAGCUAUUCACAGAUUAUGAAGAUCAGUCAAAAUGUUAUCUGUAUUUGCAUGAAAAAAGCAGAAUAUGAAACAUAUGGCAGUUAUUUUAUUUAGAUGAAAGUGUGCUAUCAGGACUUUUAUACAUGAUGAUAUUUAUUCAAACAUUUAUCAUAGUGUGGCAGGUAGGUAUACUUAAAUAAAAGAAAUAUAAAAUAAUAAAGAUAUAAUAAAUAAAGAAUAAAGUAUAAAGAA